AUGACCUCGGUGUGGAAGCGCUUGCAGCGCGUGGGCAAGCGGGCCGCCAAGUUCCAGUUUGUGGCCUGUUACCACGAGCUGGUGGUGGAGUGCACCAAGAAAUGGCAACCGGAUAAGCUGGUGGUAGUGUGGACCCGGCGGAACCGACGCAUCUGCUCCAAGGCCCACAGCUGGCAGCCGGGCAUCCAGAACCCAUACCGGGGCACCGUGUUGUGGAUGGUACCUGAGAAUGUGGACAUCUCUGUGACCCUAUACAGGGACCCACAUGUGGACCAGUAUGAGGCCAAAGAGUGGACGUUUGUUAUUGAGAAUGAGUCCAAGGGGCAGCGGAAGGUGCUGGCCACAGCCGAGGUGGACCUGGCCCGCCAUGCAGGGCCUGUGCCUGCCCAAGCCUCACUGCGGCUGCGGCUGAAGCCCAAGUCGGUGAAGGUGGUGCAGGCCGAGCUGAGCCUCACUCUCUCUGGGGUGCUGCUGCGGGAGGGCCGCGCCACGGAUGAUGACAUGCAGAGUCUUGCGAGCCUCAUGAGCAUGAAGCCUAGUGACGUGGGCAACUUGGAAGACUUUGCUGAGAGUGAUGAGGAGGAGGCUAAUGGUCCAGGGGGCCCGGAGGCGAGGGCUCGUGUCCUCCAGCCAGAUACUUCUCGGGAGCUGAAGACACUCUGUGAGGAGGAGGAAGAGGGCCGAUUUCGGCCCCGGCAGGCAGCUGCCAGCCCUUCUAGUGCCGAGGAUACCAGCCCAGCCCCUGUGAGUUCCCCUGCGCCCCCAGCCAGGGCCUGCCGGGGCCAGGGGUCAGAACCAGCUCCUGUAGCAGGGGGCCAGGUGGGGCCCAAGGCCCCAAGGCCCCCCGGAACCCCACCAGAGACAAGGUCCUCAAGACAGCCAGGCCAGGACGCGGCCCCCAGCCCGGCCCCUCGGCUCCGGAAAGGCUCUGAUGCCCCCUGGCCCCCAGUCCCCCAAGGGGGAGAUGAGGCCCCCAACGCCUCAGGGGCUCCCCCAGCAGGCGUGAAUUCUGCUGUGGAUACCCAGGCCUGGGCAAGCCCUCAGAAAGGGACAGAGGCCCAGGGAACCGGGCUGGGCCCAGGCAUUGAGGACAGAGAUUCCAGCAACUCUUUGGAAGGGCAGAAACCCAAGGUUGAGGAGGGGGGCAUUGGGGACAGGCCAGAGGCCAGUGGGGUGGACACUGAGCAUGGGUCAGGAGUCAGAGAGGUGAACAGUAAGAGGUCAGAGGUCAGAGCUGGGGAGGCUGAAGAGAGUUUAGAAGUUGGUCAGGUGGAUGCUGAGCAGAGGUCAAAGGUGAGACAUGUGGACACUAAGGGACCAGAGGCUACAGGGGUGACAUCUGAGGCAAGAUUCAAGGGAACUCCUGAGGCUCCUCCAAGGGGCUCUCAGGGGAGGACAGGGGUCAGGACCAGGGAAGAGGCUCCCACCAUCCUGAGCCCACCCCCAGCAGAGCCGGCAAGGCAAUCCAGGCAUCUUGGUGACCUCAAGGGGGCCAGGGCUGCUGCGGGCCAGGAGAGAGAGGGUGCAGAGGUGAGGGGUGGAGCCCCUGGUGUUGCGGGGACAGGCCUGGAGCAGGGCCCCUCUGCUGGAGCAGCAAGCGCCAGGCCCCAGGUGAGCCAGUACCAGGGGGCCCCACGAGCAGCUGACCAGGGGGUGAUGUCCAGGGAUAUGAGGGUCUGGGGAGUAGAAACUGGGGAUUUGAGGGACCUGGGAACAGAAACUGGGGUGACAGAAUCAGAGUUAUUGGGGACCCAGAGAACAGAAGUGGGUGGGUCAGGGCUCCCCGAGAUAGAGGCUGAGACAGCAGAAGUGGAGAUAUUGGGGGCCCAGGAGACAGAGGCAGUGAGAUCAGGGGUCCUGGAGUCAGAGGUUGCUGAGAUGGCAGAAUCUGAGGAACUAGGGACCCAGAAAACAGAAGUAAGGGUUUUAGGGGUCCCAGGGGCAGAGGCCGGGAUGGCAGAGUGUGAGGUACUGGGGACCCAGGAAACAGAGGCUGUGGGUACAGGAGUUCUGGGGAUGAAGACUAGGAUAUCAGAGAUUGUAGGGAUCCAGGAGAUAUCUGGGGGUUCACGGGUACUGAAGAUAGAAGCUGAGACAGCAGAAUCUGAAAUAUUGGGGGCCCAGGAGACAGAGAUGGGGUGUUCAGGGGUCUCAGAGAUAAAGUUUAAGAUAACAGGGAUGCAGGAGACAGAGUUAUGGGGUUCCGAGGUCCCAGGGAUCGAGACUGAGACGGCAGAAGCUGAGAUACUGGAGACCCAGGAGAUGGCAGCUGGGGGUUCAUGGGUCCCAGGGAUGGAGAUUGAGACAUUGGGGACCCAGGAGACAGAGAUAGGGGGCUCAGGGGCUCCAGGGACAGAGACUGAGACGUUGGGGACCCAGGAGACAGAGGUAGGGGGUUCAGGGGCCCCAGGGACAGAGACUGAGAUGUUGGGGACCCAGGAGACAGAGGUAGGGGGUUCAGGGGCCCCAGGGACAGAGACUGAGACAUUGGGGACCCAGGAGACAGAGGUAGGGGGUUCAGGGGCCCCAGGGACAGAGACUGAGACAUUGGGGACCCAGGAGACAGAGGAAGGGGGUUCAGGGGCCCCAGGGACAGAGACUGAGACAUUGGGGACCCAGGAGACAGAGGUGGAAGAUUCACAGUUCUCAGGGCCAGAGGCUAGAAUGGCAAAGGCUCAGGGUCUGGGGCCUCAACAGACAGAAACUACAGUUUUAGAGGCUGAGAAGGCAAAGGCUCAGACUUCUGGGGCCCAGAGGGCAGAGACUGGACUCUGGGAGACCCUCAAAUAUGAGGCUUUAGGGGCCCCAGUCAUAAAGCAUGGAAUUUUAGGGUCCCAGGGAGCAGAGGCAGAAACUAUAGUUUUGAGGGGCCAGGAGGUGGAGGCUGGGAUUUUGGGAGUUUCAGAGGCCAUGUCUGGGGUUUGGGGGUCCGAGGAAGCAGAGACAGAGGUUUCAGGGGCUUCAGAGAACCAAUCUGGUAUUUUUGAGGCCCAGGAAGCAGAGGCUGGGGUCUCAGGAACCGAGAAGGGAAAAGAAGCUGAGGGAAACCUCCCAGAGGCCAGCCUGAUUGAGGCGCAGGUGGCCAGUGGGGCAGGGGCUGGGGUGCCCAGGCCCUCGGGGGCCUCUUCCCCAGAGGAGCCUGAAGAGGACAGGAGGCUGCCGGGCAGCCAGGCACCACCCACCCCGGUCAGCUUCAGUCAGUCCCUGCUGGAGUGGUGCCAGGAAGUCACCGCCGGCUACCGUGGCGUCCGCAUCACCAACUUCACGACAUCCUGGCGCAACGGCUUGGCCUUCUGUGCCAUCCUGCACCGAUUCCACCCGGACAAGAUCGACUUUGCCUCCCUGGACCCACUCAACAUCAAACAGAACAACAAGCAGGCCUUUGAUGGCUUCGCGGCCCUGGGCGUGUCGCGGCUUCUGGAGCCGGCGGACAUGGUGCUGCUGUCGGUGCCCGACAAGCUCAUCGUCAUGACGUACCUGUGCCAGAUCCGUGCCUUCUGCACGGGGCAGGAGCUGCAGCUGGUGCAGCUGGAGGGCGGCGGCGGCGCCGGCACGUACCGCGUGGCCAGCUCCCAGUCGAGCCCGCCCGACGAACUGGACACCGGCGGCCUGGCGCAGCGGCUGCGCGAGCACUGGGCCCAGGAGCCCCAGGAGCCCCAGGAGCCCCAGGAGGCCGCGGCCCGCGCAGACGGGACGGCCCCCGAGGCGGCCUCCAAGGACCGCGGGGCCGAGGCCGCCCAGGAGGCGCGCUCCGUGGCGCCCCCGGCAGACGGCCCUGGAGCUCGGGCAUCCGUGCCCCCGACAGAGGGGCUGGUGAACGGCAUGGAGGCGCCGGGCGCCGCGGGCGGCGUGAGGCUGCGGCGGCCGUCGGUCAACGCGGAGGCCGGGCCUGUGCCCCCGCCCCGCGCGCACGGCUCCUUCUCCCACGUGCGCGACGCUGAUCUGCUGAAGAAGAGGCGCUCGCGGCUGCGGAACAGCAGCUCCUUCUCGGGGGACGACCCGGACUCGGGAGCCGCGGGAGCUGCCGGAGCGGCGGCGGAAGUCGUGAGCCCUGACCCCAGCCCUGCCCCACAGCAGGCCCCUGGCGGGACUCCCCCAUUGGAGGAGCUGCCCCCAAGCCCAGUGGAGGAGGCCGGGCUGCAACGGUUCCAGGACACAAGUCAGUAUGUGUGCGCAGAGCUACAGGCCCUGGAGCAGGAACAGAGGCAGAUAGAUGGGCGGGCGGCCGAGGUGGAGAUGCAGCUGAGGAGCCUCAUGGAAUCAGGUGCCAACAGGCUGCAGGAGGAGGUCCUGAUCCAGGAGUGGUUCACACUAGUCAACAAGAAGAACGCUCUCAUCCGGAGGCAGGACCAGCUGCAGCUGCUCAUCGAAGAGCAGGACUUGGAGCGGAGGUUCGAGCUGCUGAGCCGGGACCUACGGGCCAUGUUGGCCAUUGAAGACUGGUUGAAAACGGCCGCGCAGCAGCACCGGGAGCAGCUCCUGCUGGAGGAGCUGGUGUCGCUGGUGAACCAGCGCGACGAGCUGGUCCGGAACCUGGACCAGAAGGAGCGGACCGCCCUGGAGGAGGACGAGCGCCUGGAGCGCGGCCUGGAGCAGCGGCGCCGCAAGCUGAGCCGGCAGCUGAGCCGGCGCGAACGCUGUGUGCUGAGCUGA